AUGAAAUCCUUCACUCAAGCUCUAUUUAUCUACCUCUUCGCUGUCGCUAGCGUUCAGGCUGCAUGCACCUUGGAAACCCCUGGUACUGAGGGCUUUGAAGGCGGCAAUUGCAGGGCUGGUAGGACGAAAUGCCAGUCCGAUAGUGGCGGAGCAAGCAUUCUCUGCUGCGAUGACUCUAGUUGCAAGUAA